AAAAGGCGAAGAAAGAAGGGAAGAAGGAGUGAAAGAGAUAGAGGGAGAGAGAAAGCCAGUAGCGAUUUCCAUUUAUCGAUCCGCCCGUUCGCACACCUGAAGCCAUUCCAUUCCAGCAUCAUCGACUUAAUCCGUUCGAGCGGGAUUAAGGCUGCGCUGCUGCCACACAACAGCGACUGCGGGCGCCCACGCAGCGUCGACGGCGCAGCGACCGCAUUACCGGUCGCCGGUAAUUAGCCGCCAAGGCCGUCGGCGUUGCACAGAAAGAAAACCCAGAGUUAUCCUAAGAUGAUCAAUAAGAUUUUAAGUUUAACCUUGGCUUUAAAGUCCUAGAAUUUCCAUUUAAUAAUUACCAAAAUAUCAAAUUGAUUUGUAGAUUAAAAUCAUACAAACUUAUUUUGGUAGCCACAAAAGAUUGGCAUUUCCUUGCCAAGAUAAGAUAGUCAAACUUUGUUCAUAUAGUCAGUUUUAUAGUACAAAAUCAACAGUAUACUUAUUUGCUUCUUUUAUAAAACUUCAAACUCCUUUUUUUUUUCUGUGUACAUAAUUGCUUCAGUUUUGCUGCAGCGGUGUGAAAGUUCAGGCUCAUUAAGUGCAGCCGCCUAACCGUGCUCUGCAGCACGGUGGUUCUUUGGUACUCGGUACUCGAUACCCGAUACCCGGUACUCGGCUACCGACGAUGAUGUAAACGAGAUUAAGCGAAACCCAGUAGCUUCCUAAUUAGCAGCAUCCUGAAUAAAAGUGCCCCAAAAUUUAAGGCUGGCAGAUACAGAUCAGAAAAACAGCAAUCUUAGUAGGAUUUUGUACUCCUUAAAAACCUUAAAUUUAAUCUUAAUGUUCUUUAUUUUUUAUAAAUGCCAAACUAUUGCAAUUUUUCAUCUGAGGUUAAGGAACUGAAUUAAUACAGCUUAAAUUUCUAGAUAACUGAACUUUUAUGGGGACAUUAAAUGUUGAAUGAAAAAUGUUCUUAUGGGGCCAUAAACUCACUAUACUUACUAUAGUUAAAACAACAAAGCUAGAGGGAAAGCCCAUUUGGAAAGACAGUUGUGCUUUAUUUGGCUUAAACGUGCUUAACGUGCUUAAAUUCUAAGUGCCUAAAAAGACAAUUUUCUCGCUUUGCAAAUCUCUUAACCCUAUAUGGGAUUUAGUUAAAUUUUGUAGUUAAACUGAAGUUAUUUACUUGAUUAUAGGAAAAUCGCCUUGAAGAAUGUUGAAACCAACUAAAAUAUUUUAAUGAUUCUAAAGUCUAGUAACCCAAAAAAUGUUAAACAAACUUUUUGUGUUAAAACCAACGCAUAAUUUAUCAACUUGAGUGCCUUUAGGUCAUGUUAAAGGUUUCGCCAGUCCUAUAAAUAGUAUACAUUCUAGGAAAACUAUCUAUAUUUGGGGCUCUUUGUUCUCACUCUUUCUUUCUUUCUAUCUAUCUAUCUAUCUAUCUAUCACCAUCUCAUUUUACUUUCGCGGGCGAGAAAGUGUUAAGAGAAAACAACAAAUAAACAAACAAACAAACAAUAAUGCUAAUGAAGCCAACCGUGAAACGAUUAUACAUAUUUUUUUUCUCAAUUUUUUUUAACGUUUUGGAAUUUUGUUUAAAAGUGCAAGCGAAGCAAAAGCAGCGUAAAAUAAAAACCAUAAAAUAUAUAACAAGAAGAAGAAGAGGAAUCGGUGAAAAGCGUUAACCGAAGCCAAAAAAAAAAAAAAUUAAAGUUAAAACCAAAAAACCAACAACCAACAUCAAAAGUUGCCAACUUUUUUCCUUGCGACCGCAGCAGCCGAAGAAGCAGCGGCGUCAGCAGCGACGCCUGACUGCAGCCAGCGUCGCGCUGGCAACAACAAAUUGCGAUGCCUGGACUUGUGGUCUUCAGACGUCGCUGGUCUGUGGGCUCUGAUGAUCUCGUAGUGCCUGGCGCAUUUCUCCUGACGAUUCAUUUUAUAUGUUUUGUGAUUGUUAGCGUCUCGUUGGUUAUCUUUGAGUAUAAUACACGAAUUUUAAGCAUAAAAUUAUUGUUCUAUCAUCUAAUAGGCUACUUGUUGAUACUAUUUUUUUCAAUAUGUGUAGAAAUAGGUAUAUGUGUGAUCUCGAUGCGUGGCAGUAUUCUAGAUGCCGAGGCGCGCACCUCGAUCAACAUCUGGAUCUAUCUCAAGAGCUUGGUAAUACUGUUCGAUAUUGCCUGGCUGGGUGUGGGCUCCGUUUGGCUGGGGCAUUACUACACCACGGCACCAAUCGAUGAUCCCAAAAAGGUCUACAUAGCCAUUAUCAUCUGCAAUUGGGCUUUAGUGGUGAUCACUCUUAUCACGAUAUGGUGCACAUUUGAUGCUGCUGGAAGAUCCUGGGUAAAGAUGAAGAAGUACCAGCGAUCAAUGCGGGAAACGGAGUCUCGUUUAAACUACAAGAGAAGCAACAGCAUGAAUCGCAAUUGGCGGCAGAGGAAAGUGAUGCGAGCUUACCAGGACAGUUGGGACCAUCGCUGCCGGCUGUUGUUUUGUUGUAUGGGCUCCUCGGAGCGGAAUCGAAACUCCUUUACGGACAUUGCCCGCCUGCUGAGCGACUUCUUUCGGGAAUUGGACGUAGUACCAUCGGAUGUGGUGGCUGGACUUGUCUUGCUCCGAAAGUUCCAGCGUCUUGAACGUGAAGCCAUUGUGCGACAGCGUAAAAAUGGCACCUACGAGUUCCUCAGCGGCGUACCGAUCACGGAGCGAACCCAGUUCCUAGCACUCAACGAUGCCAAAAACUAUGAUUUCUUUCAGACGGUCAUACACUAUAUGUACUUUGCCCAGGGCGCCUACGGCUGGCCCAUGUACGUUAUCAUCAAUCGGAGCAAGAUGUGGCACCUGGUGCCGGAACUGAAAUGCUUUGGUUGUUGUUGCGGAAGUAACGAUGACACGGAGGUCAUCCAGGACAAUUGCUGCCUUUGCAACUAUGCGGCACUGAAGAAGACACUCCAGCUGGGUGACAUCGACAUCGUUUAUGCCACCUAUCAUGUGGAUGUGGGCGAGACGCCCUUCUUCGUGGCCAUUGAUUACACGCAUCGUGCAGUGGUGAUCAGUAUACGUGGUACCCUUAGCAUGAAGGACAUCCUCACGGAUCUGAAUGCUGAGGGUGAAGUCUUGCCGCUGCAGCCACCGCGUGACGAUUGGUUGGGCCACAAGGGAAUGGUGCAGGCAGCGAUUUAUAUACGCAACAAGCUGCAAGAGGAGAAUCUCAUUGAGAGGGCAUUGCAGCGGAAUCCCGAUCGCCAGACGCACACCUUUGACCUGGUUCUAGUGGGUCAUUCCCUGGGAGCCGGAACAGCGGCCAUUCUUGCUAUUCUACUGAAGCCCGAGCAUCCGACGCUUCAGUGCUUCAGCUACUCCCCGCCUGGAGGUCUGCUCAGUAUGCCCGCCGUGGAGUACUCGAAGUCGUUUAUCACGUCGGUGGUAUUGGGCAAGGAUGUGGUGCCACGCAUUGGUCUCAAUCAGAUGGAAGCCCUGCGAGCGGACCUUAUCAAUGCCAUUCAGCGCAGCGUGGAUCCCAAGUGGAAGACCAUUUCCUGUUCGGUCAUCUGCUGUGGCUGUGGACCAGAGCCCACUUCCGUGGUCAAUAUGUCCGGCCAGGAUACGCACAUCAAUCAAUACCAGGAGGAACGUGGUACUGCCCGUUCGACCAGUGCCCAUCCUACAGACAGCUCGAUAGCUUUAACCCUGCAUCAGCCCUUAUAUCCGCCCGGUCGCAUCAUUCAUAUAGUGCGACAUCAUCCCAAGCCCGACGAGCAAAAAUACGACAGUGGUUGGAGGAAUGUGCUUAAAAAUCGAGAACCCGUUUACCAGGCCAUCUGGGCCGAUUCGACGGACUUCGAUGAGGUGCUCAUCUCGCCGGUGAUGCUGCAGGAUCAUAUGCCGGACAAGGUCCUAGCUGCCCUCAAGAAGGUUGUAACAACGAGUGGGCCACGCAAGCCCCAGCGCCAGACCUCCAAUGCAUUCUCCACUGGAUCGAACGAAGCCCAUGAUACGGACUUGGAGCCGCCACAUUGCAGUAGCCACAGUGAGACAACGGAUGGUAUGAGAUUCGAGGCGGAAACGGAUCCUGGACAGACGCAGACUUCGAUAACGCAGUCGCGACACUGCAAGCGGCCAUCGCAAAGUUCCUACACAAAUCUGAGCAACUGCCUCGUCCUCACGCCGACAGCCCAGCACAAGCUGUGCCUGGAGACGUCCUUCACCAAUGGCUCCGCACCGCUCCAGCCGCCCCAGCGUUUAGCCUCGGCGGCCUCCUCGCUCCUUAGCUCGACAACCACGCCGUAUGACAUAUCAAGUGCUCUGGACGACAGCCUGGCCACAGUGGCCCUUCGCCAGAGUCCCUCGCUGAUCAGUGCUGAGACGACGGCCACGGUUAUUGGUAAUCUGGAACCGGAUGCGGAAGAGAUUGCGGUACCACGCCUCAAGGCGGUGGCUUUUGAUAUGGCUUUAACUCCGCCACCAUCGCUGUCAGAAAGGUCUCUGCUCGGACGCCAACAUUCCGAGAAAAAGCCACGUUCUCUGCCACUUGCCCAUGUCCAGGCCCUUCGCCGAGCCUCGGAUGCUGGUGCGGUGCCUGGUGUGGAUCUCCUGCACGACGACUGGUAUGGCCUAGCUCCUCUGGCCAGUCCUGAGACGCUAUCCGAGAUCUCCAGCGUCUCGUCGCGCACUAGUGUUCCUAUUAGUCUGGCCAACAGUAUUGAGCGCUAUCUGCAGCACAUGGGAGUGGGUGUGGCUGGACCGAAAGUUCCACUCGAGGACAUCUUUGAGUCACAGCUGCAUACGCCGAAGGUCAUGAGGCGAGCUCCCAAGUUUAGUGAGAAUCUGGCGGGCUGUGCAGAGGACACCAGGAACCUAGAUCAGUACAAGCGACUUGGACGCGUCUUCAUCACCUUUCCGCGCAUCUUUCCGGAUCAAUCGCCAGCGACUCAUAGUCUAGACUCCAGCGACGAUAGCUUUGAAUCUGCCUCGGCUCACAGUCUGCAGAGAUUGCAGCUGCCGCAUGGGGCCAAUGCGGUCCAGAGUUCCAAGUCCGCUGAUCCUCUAGAUGGGGAUCAAGAUGUGACAAGGCAAACGCAGCCUGCCAAAAAGUUGACCUUCAGCGACAGCGAUAUACUGGCAGAUGCGGACUGCCUGCGUCUGUGUCCACACUGCCCAUGCGAUCGGGAUGUCCAACGUGGCUGUUGUACUCGUUCGGAGCAUGGCAAGUGUGCCGCGGAAAUAUCCGGAGGAGCAGGCGGUGCCAUGGGAUUGGGAUCCACAGAUACUAGUUUCUACAGUGCCAGCUCGUCGCUGGAACAGUUUGCCACACCAGGCCGACAGAACGGUGGUCCACAUCUAGAGGAGAUACUCAUACGUCCCGGCGUCCUGGAAUCCCACUUUCCAGUUCUCGGCGGUGGGAGUGGGAUGGAAACACCGGCUUUGGUGGCACCCGCUUCACCAUCACCGCUGAGCAAUGGAAAACGACCGGAUGUGGUGGGCGGCAGGGUGAGGAAACGUCUCUCCUCUGAGGAGUUUGUCUUUUCCAGAAGCGAGGAUCUGCCUAGCCUAGUACAAAUCGGUGAUAGGAGCUCCGGCUCUCCGGCGGGCCGUAGAAGGGGCAAGGGCUGCGUCUAUCCGGCGGGUAAUAGCCUGCGUUUGGAUGCAGCAGCCUCCGCAUCGCCCACGUCCAUUAGUAAAUUUACCCGUACCCGUGUGGCCGCUGGAGGAUCGGCAGUGAAGCCAGGAUUGGCUGCGGUUAAUAACGAAAGUAACGUUUAAUAGUUGUAAGUUGCAAGCAGUACCUUACCAGUCGGAGCGAUGAUGAUGAUGAUGAUGCUCACGAAACUCGUAACUCUCGUAGCCCCCAAAAAUCCAAAAUCGGCAUUAAUUAAUGCCGUUUGCCAUUGCUUACACACGAGCGAUCUACAAGAAACAGUUAUAAAAAACACACACACAAAGAAUCUAACAUUUUGCAUACCGAUUACCUAAGGAACAACAUUUAGCGUUAACACGAGCGUUUACUAUUAAAUAAAUGCAAUAUACAUACAUAUAUAUAUUUUUUUGUGCAGCCAAACCCCAAGCGACGACAAAUUUUAAUAAAACGUUUUAAAAAAUGAAAAAUGCUGCACUCA